AUGUGGAAAAUAGCAAUGUCGGAUGAGGUAGGCAAGGCGCUACAGUCGGUGGUGCAGCGGGUGAACCAGGCGGCCUCCCGACGACCCAAGACGUUACCUGCUGUGCCACCCCGACUCGUUGCAGUCAGCAAAACCAAACCGCCGGAGAUGGUCGUGGAGGCCUACAACCAAGGCCAGCGUAACUUUGGAGAAAAUUACGUUAAUGAACUUGUAGACAAAGCUUCAGAUCCGAUGAUUUUAGAAUCAUGCCCAGAAAUCAAGUGGCAUUUCAUUGGCCAUCUACAGAAGAAUAAUGUCAACAAACUCUUGGGUGUGCCAAAUUUGUUCUUGGUUGAGACCGUUGACUCGGCGAAAUUGGCCGACAAGGUCAACAGUUCAUGGCAGCGAAUUAGAGGAGUUAGCACGCAGCGGUUAAAGGUCAUGGUGCAAAUCAACACCAGUGGCGAACAGAGUAAAUACGGCCUCCCACCGGAGGAAACAGUCAAUACUGUGAAGCACAUUGUGCUAGAAUGCACCGCGCUGCAGUUCUCAGGACUCAUGACCAUUGGGCGCUACGGCUACAACCUCUCACUGGGCCCAAAUCCAGACUUUCAGAUGCUUCUGAGUCAGAGACAGAAGGUUUGCGACACUCUAAAGCUGCCUCUGGAGGAGGUGGAGCUAAGCAUGGGUAUGUCCACAGAUUUUGAACAUGCGAUUGAGGUGGGCUCAACUAACGUGCGGGUGGGAAGCAUCAUCUUCGGCAACAGGGAGUAUCCCAACAGCGCAGCCAACACGCCGAUUCCCAGUCCUGCCCCCAGUCCGGCUCCCAGCCCGGAGAAAACAUCCAAGCAGGUAUCAGAAGAGGCUGCCAAGAAAAUGCAGCACCUGACAGUCUGA